UAUUUUAUUAGUCAUUACCGACAGGCUUGACAAUGCACAAGUCAUUGUCUGCUCUUCUUCGAUUUCGAUCGAUCAUUUUUUAUGUCGUUUUCGUGUUAUGCAACGUCGAAAAAACUCUUUCCGAAGAUGUGACCCUUGGUGAUGGUGAUUUCAUCCCAUUCGCAAGUCCUGAGGAUGAUCUUGAAUACAUAUCGAAACGAUAUUACGGUUCCAACAUAAAAGAUAAACGAGGCGAAGAUGUAGAGAUUGUUGUCCCCAAAAUUUUCCAUCACAAACGACGUAUGAAACGUGACUUAAACCCGUUGACUUCAUAUGAAGAAGUAGUUCAUGAGGUGACUGUGAAUUUAGGGAAAAUGAAACUUGAACUAAGACAUAAUGAUGAUUUAAUAAUCCCUCGGAAAGGUACGUGGAUUUAUGGGAAUUUUACGAAAGAGAAACCGUUGGAGAAAUGCUAUCCCACUAAAGGGGACUCAACAAAGUAUUCCCAAAACAUUUCCGCUUUUAUUACCUUAUGCGGUUCAAAAAUUAUGGGCCUUAUUCACAGCGGUAACGAAAGCUUUUCUGUAGAACCUUUUGAAGGGUCCGACCAGUUACACAUUUUGCGUAGAAUUACCGUUCCCAAAAGUUACAGACUAAACAGAACUAAAAGAGAAAGUGCAACCCCUAGCUCUUCCUGGGAAUUCUUUAAUCUAACAGGCGACACUUUCGAUAUAACUGGUGGUUUAGAAAGUUUCGGCCUGGAAGAACUCCACAAAAGAACCAAAGAUUUAGACGAUGAUGCCGAAAUGUACAGAAACCAGGGGCGUACACAGAAAAUCUUUACAAUCGCCGUUGAAGAUAAUUCGUUAUGGACUAUGCAAGACGGGCACGAUGAUGAUAUUGGAUAUUUUGUGGAUUCCGCAUGGGAUAUUAAACUCAACAAGCACCGUUCACGUCCAUCUUCAGGGUCUCCGCAACGUUGGCUGGAAAUUGCAGUGGCUAUUGACAAUACCGUCAUAUCGUUCCACGGUAAAGAUAGGGUUGAACAUUAUGUUCUUUCCUUGAUGAACAUAGUAAGCGCAAUCUACCAAGAUCCUUCGCUUGAAGCUAACAUGCAACUUAUAAUCACCCGGCUGUUCUUUUAUGAACACAAAAAGGAGAAUGUGCUUCGCCCAGGAAAUUCCAAGAGGUCGUUGGAGAACGUGAACGCGUGGAAUCGCAGAUUACAUUUGAGUUUGGCCCCUGGUGAACCACAACACGACGUAGCAGUCUGGUUGACGAGGGUCGACAUCGGUGGUCCAUCAGGAUACGCUCCUAUCGGUGGUGCCUGCGAUCCCAAAAGGAGCUGCGCCCUCAACAAGGACGAAGGACUAUCUAGCGCGUUCAUAAUUGCACACGAAAUGGGGCACUUGUUAGGUUUAACCCACGAUGGAGAUAAAAAAUGGAACAACAAUUGCGGGGAUGAAGCAAUCGAUGGAAGUGUCAUGGCCCCAAUGGUCGCCGCAACGUUUCACAAAUUUAGUUGGUCGCAAUGUUCCAAGGACGAAUUUAAAUCGAAACUCAAUAAAUGGUUUUGCUUAAGAAAUUCUCCCCCGAAUCAGGGAGAAAUUCCACUUAAUGGUACUGUCUAUACAACGUUUAGUAUGGAUGAACAGUGUAGAACAGAAUUUGGGGACGGGUACGAAUUAUGCAGGGCGUUCGACGUUUCAGAACCAUGUUCCCAUUUGUGGUGCAGCCACGAAAAAACCCCAUUGGUUUGUAAGACUAAAAAGGGCCCCCCUUUGGAAGGAACAGAGUGUGGCUUCAACAAGUGGUGUAUUGAUGGAUAUUGUCAAGAUGUGGACGUAAGCAAAUUUGGAAUGGAUCCAGUAAUUCACAACCCCCAAGACGGUGGUUGGAGUGAUUGGUCUGAAUGGGGUGCAUGUUCCAGAAGUUGUGGCACGGGGGUCCAGUUUAGAACCCGAAAAUGCGACAACCCAUUACCAUCUUAUGGAGGUAGCGAGUGCUUCGGAUUGUCCGAAGAAUGGAGGGUGUGCAAUUUGGAGAAAUGCCCAGGACCUAUGACAGACAUUAGGGCCCAGCAGUGCAACAGACUUCCGCAAAUAUUAAAAUUAAGGGAUCAAAGGGCCAAUGUCACCUGGUUGCCUUACGAAAGCGAUGAUGAGAGACUUAAGUGUCAGUUAAUUUGCCUCGGCAAGGAGACCAGAGAACUGUUCGUGACAGGGGAAAAUUUAUUGGAUGGCACCCCAUGCAGUUAUGACAACGGAAGCGAUAUAUGUAUUCAGGGUUUGUGUCAACCAGUGGGGUGUGACGGUAAGCUAUUUUCCGGGGUAAAAGAGGAUGCUUGCGGGAUUUGCGGUGGCGACAAUAGCGACUGCAAGGAAAUCAGAAAAUUUCACCAGAAGAAAAUCAAAAGAGAAUUGAGUAGACUUGCAGUAAUUCCGAAGAUGUCUAGAGAAAUAAAGAUCCAAGCUAAUCUAACCGCCCAUGCUUCUCUAAAUCUAUCAGUAGCCUUCAUAUUGAAAGAUAGGCUAAGACGUAAAUACCUCCUGCCAAUUCCCAACACGAAUUUGUUCAAUGAAAUUAUCGAAGGGACCAGAUUUAUGUACACACGACGGGGACCUGUACAUAAUUUGCAAGCUAGAGGCCCCAUUUUGGCAGAAAUAGUAGUUUUGCUUCACAUACCCAAAACUGAUAUAGAAAUCGGCGUGAACGUUUCAUACAGUUCGAGUUUCUUCCUCAACAAAACUUUACUGAAAGACGACGGGAGAUACGGAUGGUUGCAAGGUGGCUGGGGUGCUUGUACAGCUAGCUGCGGCGGCGGAAAAAGACAAAGGACAGUCGCAUGUUGGGACCGUUUACACGAAAGGAUUGUUCCGAAAAGGCAUUGCUCCUUGGCAUUUAGACCUGCAACGCCAACCGAGAAAUGCAACACUUUUAGUUGCAAUUUUCAAUGGUUGUCAGGGCGAUGGGAACCAUGUAGUGCCACGUGUGGUUCCAACGGUGUCCAGUACAGAGAGGUCUAUUGUGUCCAUAGAUCUAUUUGGUAUGCAGCCUUAGAAUUAAAAAACGAAACGAUCCGCGACAGCCCCUGGCGUUACAUGGUAAGUCCGAACAAAUGUGCUGGUCAAAAUCCACAAACCACUCGGCCCUGCCACAGAAUACCAUGCCCAUCGUAUUGGGAGUUUGGAGAAUGGUCUCAGUGUUCGGUUUCGUGUGGGACCGGUCUUUCCACGAGACAAGCUAGAUGCACGCCUUUCACGGAGGACGAAACCUUUUACACCUGCGGUCCCACUCCUCCCAUUCAGAACAGGGUUUGUACAGGAGCGACCACAAAAAGUGAAGAGAAAUUAUGCCGGAAAAAGAAGAAAUGCACCGGCGAUUUAUCGAAAUAUUGUUCCAUCAAAAUACUCCAGCAUUACUGUCAGGUGGGGGGAUUUCGGAAAUUGUGCUGCGAGACGUGUAAACAGCAUAGGAAACUGGCUCCAGUUAGCUCAUAAUUUUCAAUAAACGUGAUACAGUUAGUCCAGAGACUUGGUUGAAUACUCCUUGCAGUGUUAACAUCCAUUUAUUACGAACAGUAAUAUGAUCUAGGUUUUCUUCCACCUCUGUCUAUCCUUAUUUCUGCUUCCAGUAUGUCUCUAAAUGCUCCUUGUGUCUUGGAGAGUAUUCUGACAUCUUAUCUCUCAUGCACCUUGUAUUAACUUCCCAGUACCCUUUCUUGUCCUACCAUUUCGAAUACCUUCCCAUUUCUAGCCUUUUAUAUUUUUUAAGAACCGUUUGUGAGUAGAAAGGUGAUUUAUUUGUUUUCCAUUGUCACAUAUCCAAUAAUCGACUACUAUCUCCUAGUUUUUGGUCUUCAAAAUGAAAUAUCAAACUUUCGUUGUUACAUUUAAUAAGUUUAUGAAUAAAUGCGUUUUAUACCAGA